AUGGGAAAGAUCGACACCACAUCCGUGGAGCUGAACUCGCCUUCUGAGAUGAAGGAAGCUGCCCUAGAGGAGUCGGAGGAGCCCAUUGACUCAGAAAGCAAAUACGCAAGCAAGAAGAAAAAGGAGGUCCCGGACAGAGGAUCUUGGAAAGGCAAAUUCGACUUCCUGCUCUCCUGCAUAGGAUAUGCCAUUGGCUUAGGGAAUGUUUGGCGUUUCCCAUAUCUCUGUGGCAAGAAUGGAGGAGGUGAGAUUGACCUGAUCAAGACUUUGUUUACUCAUUGCAGUCAUUUCUACCCCACAUUUCAGGAUAUAAAUCCUACUCAAAUUUAUUAUUCAAUUAUAUAUUUUCACUUGACAGUUGAUAGAAGAUGGAGGUGAUGAGCCGCUUCCUAUGUUCCUAUGCCUCACGCUCUCUCACGGUUUCAGAAUGUUUACAGACCAGUCCUAGAUGCAGGGCUGGCCCAAGACAUGUCAGCGCCUGAGGCGAACCACAAAAUCCUUCAGAUACCUAUACUGGGCUGAGGCCGUUUAGGGCUUUAAAGGUCAACACCAACACUUUGAAAGGUGGAGAAUCAAAUCAAACUUACCCAACAGCUGAAGUGGCAAUCAAAGGCCACUGUGGCAGUGUGGGCACUCUGAAUCAUGCCAGGUGAGUGCAGAGUAGACCCCAAAGGGCAACCCCUCUCAUUUCUUCCUUAGGAGGGGACCAGCAACACCUCCUAUUCACUGAGAGGCUGCUGUAGGGACAGCUCUUGCUGCUGAGGAGAUGGAAUAUCUUGCCUCCAAGGAGCAUAGCGCAGCUGUCGCUGCCACCACAGUAGUGGCAGCAACAAGUAAUGCAUUCCUUAGAGGAUGGAUCUGCUGCCCCUGUGCAUCCUGCUGCCUGAGGCAGUCACCUCUCCUUGCCUCAUGAGUGAGCCGGCCUUGCCUAGAUAUGUUUACUCACAAGUGAGUCUCUCUCACUGACGAGAUCUUCCUCCAAAGAGGUGUGCAGGGGCUUAAAGGGGCACAAAAGACUUCCAAAGUGCAAUCAAGCCAACACCCAACUGAAAAUCUCAAGCAAGGCUCUGUGGCUGCUCUUGAAGAAAAAGAAUCCGUCUCCUCAGUUCCAGGCUCUAUUGCUCCUAAUUUUUCUUAAUGUAAUUUGCCUACUUACUUUAAUUAUAUCAUUGCCUCUCCAUCUGUUACUAAAUCAGUUCCAAUUAGGGUUGCCAUCAUUCAGUGGCCAUGUGUCCUACUUUACAGAGGACAGCCCUCUGCUUGAAGGUGUCCUCUAUAUGAUGGUCCAUUUUAAAGAACCACCAGAAGGGAGAGGAGACAGGGGCCUUGAAGUUGCCCAUCAACAGUUAGCAGCUAGACAGCAGACUGAGCAAGCACACAGGUCACCUGCUCACCUUCUUCACUACUAUGGCAAAUGUUUUGUGCUUCGAUUCAAGCUAUAGUCAGUAUUUAUGAAUUUGCAUCUACACAUGCAAAGUUAACAUAUUCAAUUCAGCACCUUGCUUUGUCUUCUUCUGGCGAUGAAUUUCUUCUUUCUGGUUGAUGGCGUAACUAGCCAGCCUAGAGCCAUUCCCGACCUAGAGGGCAUCCUUUUCCCUUCCCUUUUGUGAUUGCGCAGAAGAAAACACUGCAGCAGUCAUGAGUUUUCUUGUCAUGUCUGAAGCAGUUGAUCAAAUUGGCUUUAAAAUGUUUUAUCUACCACAAGCUAAUGCGCAAGUAUGGAGAGGGAUUUGCCGUAAAUCUGAGCAAUGUGCUGUGAGUGUGAUUUAGAGUUUCUAUAAGGAAGCUACACAGCUUCUCUUGCUGGAAUUAUGAUUUCUGAGAAGUGUUUAUCUUGCUUACUUGACAAAAUUCAUAAGGUACUUACAAAAAUAUUUUAAAAAAACUUUAAAAUGCAUAAAAUUAUCAAGUCCAAGAGCAGCAUUCCAACAGAAGAACUAUGUUGAAUCUAUGUAGACGGCUGCCAUUGAAAUAUGGCUGUUUUGCUUCCCUGGUAAGUUUAAUGGCUGUGUGAAAGCAAAAAAUCAGCAGGGAAACUGGUGCAUCUUGUAUAAACUGAACUACCCUGUGAUAGGAACAUAGGAAGCUUCCUUAAGUCAGGUGAGGCUAAUUUGUUCAGCUAGUCUAAUACUGCAUACUCUGACUGGCAGAGACUCUCCAGGGUCUCAGGCAGAGGCUUCUAUCUCCUGCUAUCUGAUCUUUUCAAUUGGACAUGUCUGGGAUUAAUACUGGGUCCUACUUCUGUUUUCAAAUACUAUGGUGCCUCCCUUAGACUUUCCAGAGAGAGGGGCAGCAAUUUCAAUCCAGUUCUUUCUGGUCCAGCUCCAACGCUCUUAUCUACUACACCCUCUGUUUUACUAUAAUUUUUUCCUCUAGAUUUCUUUUUACCAAAGCAAUCUGGGUAGAAAAUGCAGGUACAAGGCUGAAAGAAGGAUCUUUAAGUGGGAAUAAAGGCCGUUGUGCAAAAACAGGCCAGUUGAACUUCCAGUUAACAGAAAAGAUGGAGAUUUCAGAAGGUGGACAUGGCCACAUUUUUGCAAACAAUGUGAAGUUCCUGAGAGUCUGGAUAGCUUUGUUCAGACCUUGCAAAUAGUGCUAUGGAAAUGGAAAGACAAUGUUGCAACCCCCCCUGCCUUUUUUAUAUUCUUCUCAAUAAGUAGAACCAGACUGGCAGUCAUCGCUGUAUUAAUUAGGAAUCAUUUGUGUUACCAUUUGCAUUAACGGCUGCAGAUCUAAUUUCUUACCUCGGCGCUUCCAAAGGCCAGUUUCAUACUGGAAUCUUUGUUAUGCUAGGCACACAGAGCCCUCCAUUUCUAGCCAAACAGGGUAAGAUAAUAAAAAAAGAAUCAAACCAGAAGGAAUUUCCAGGCACACAAAGCCUUCCAUCAAGAUGUAAAUUAUAAACGAAGGGCAAUUCAAGACUGUCACAUUUUCAGGAGGGCAACCAAUCAUAUACUGGCAAAUUCAAGUGGCAUAAUGGGAGCUGAUUUGGAGCUUUUGUGCAAGGAGCGUGCUUCCCUCAGAAAUCUCCCCCCUGGAAAGUGAAAGAGAACACUUGCUUGGUGCAACAUCAUCUAACCUGACCACAAAUAAAACAGGUUGAAUACUCCAUAAAGAGGUCAUUUGGAAGUGACCUAAAUUAAUAAUACAUGUUAGACAUUUAUUAAAAAAAAUAAAAAAAAAUGUUCAGUAGCAUCUUAGAGACCAACUAAGUUUGUUAUUGGUAUGAGCUUUUGUGUGCAUGGAAAGAAGUGGACAAUUUUUAUAUUUUUUUAAUAUAUAUUUCUACUGCAUCAGACCAACAUGGCCUGAAUGUUAGACAUUUAUCCACUUUUCUUCUUCGAAGGAGAAGAAGCAAAAACCAGAGAAGUUUCCAUAAGCUUCCUGGGAUGUCUCUGUCCCACCCACUGCAGUAAAACUAAUAAGAAAAAUUGAAAGGGGUGGGAAGUAGCAGGAGUGAAUUUUGGAGGAAGCACUCAGGGACUGCAGUUAAUAACAGAGUAUUUGUCUUGCAGGAGGAUUUUAUUACAUUUACAGCCCUGUUAAACACUUUACAGCCAUGAACUGACUCUGUCAACUAACAGAUAGUGAAGAUUUUAUAGCAUUCUUAUUAAUAUCAAAGUCAGGGGAGGGAGUCAAUUUUAAUGAUGAUGAUGAUGAUCUCUCGUGUAUACUUAUAGAUUUAGGGAAGGUUAUAUAUACAUUACAAUAAUCCUUUGGUCAUCACUGGACAACAAAUAUUUUCUUAAACCAAAGAUAAAAUUAUUUUAUACUGUUUAAAUGCCUGAAAUAUUAAGUUAAGACAGCACCAUAUAGCUGAAAUCAACAGAGAGAGGCGGAUAUAGAAGGGAGAAAUCAGAAAAAGUGAAUAAUACUUAUGGAUUUUCACCUUUUACUGUCCCUUAAUGUCAAUUUAUGUCUCCUCUCAUUCUCCUCCUUCUCCCCUUUUUAAUAUAGCAAAAUAGAGCUAUUUCACUAAAAGAAAAGAAAAAAGAGAGGAAUUAAGCAACCAAACCACCUUCCAGGGAACAGGAGGUGACAUAAAGGGGGAAUUCAGAAAAGCUAUUGAAGGGGCAAUUAAUGGGUUAUUUGCAAAUAAUCCCACUGCCACACUCAACAGGAAGCAGAAAACUUUUAAUUACUAUUGGAAGGUAUCUUUGUUUAAUGAGACUUCAUUUUGGAUCAAAAUCACAGCAAGAGCUUGUCCAUGUUUGUGGCUGGUGCCAGAACAGAGCUAGACCUUUCAUUCUGCUUCCAGCUGAUAGAUGAGGGAAAGGCAAGUUUCAGCUGUGGGGUAAAAGGCUCUAGCGAGGAAGCAAAUUGUUAGAGAACUUGUAAGCAAUUAAGCAAAAUAAGAAGAUGUUAUCAUACUGGCCAAUGAUCCUGCCAAUAUAUAUAAGAACACCUAACAGUCAGUGGAAAAGGGACGCGGGUGGCGCUGUGGGUUAAACCACAGAGCCUAGGGCUUGCUGAUCAGGUUGGCGGUUCGAAUCCCCGUGACGGGGUGAGCUCCUGUUGCUCGGUCCCAGCUCCUGCUAACCUAGCAGUUCGAAAGCACGUCAAAGUGCAAGUAGAUAAAUAGGUACCGCUCUGGUGGGAAGGUAAACGGCGUUUCCGUGCGCUGCUAUGGUUUGCCACAAGCGGCUGAGUCAUGCUGGCCACAUGACCCGGAAACUGUACGCCGGCUCCCUCAGCCAAUAAAGCGAGAUGAGCACCGCAACCCCAGAGUCGUCUGCGACUGGACCUAAUGGUCAGGGGUCCCUUUACCUUUACCUUUACCUUUACCUUUAACAGUCAAUGGAGGUUAGUUCAUUGGGGGGCAAAUGGGGCACUAUCCUACCCGCCCCCAACCUGCCUGCCUUCUUACUUACAACUAGUCAGGAGGGUUGUACUGUGUGCUAGUUUCUUCCUCUACUUUCCAUGUUGCCCUUGUAGAACUCAGAAGGGAGGAUGGUGGGGACAAAAUUAGUUGGCUUAGUCUUUCAUGGGCUCUGGCUCCACCUACUGUUGUCCUCCCUGCCUUCCACCCUCCUAGCCCUUAUGGGCACCAGCUUCUACUGCUAAUAGUCCACCCUGAGAUUAUAAACUAAUGAUGGGGAAACCUCUGGCCCUACUCAUUUUUAGUUCUGGCUGUGACCACCACCGACAGAUUACCCCAAAGGGAAUGAAGCACUUAUUAUCAAUGGGAAAUAUAUAUAUUUCUAACAAGCUUUUUUUGCAGGUCUUGAUGCACACAUGGUUUACCAGCCAUAACAAAGCAGAUGCAGUGAGAUGUUUUCCACUUUUUCCUCCAAGGUGCCUUCCUGAUUCCCUAUUUUCUGACAUUGGUGUUUGCUGGGAUCCCGCUUUUCCUGCUGGAGACAGCUCUUGGGCAAUACACCUCAGUCGGUGGACUUGGAGUAUGGAAACUUGCGCCCAUGUUUAAAGGUACGUUGAGCUCAUGACAUUGAUGCAAAAUAAAUAGGCCACAGGAAUAUCGGAAGCUGCUUUGUCAGGCAAUCGGCCCAUCUAGCUAAGGUGAGACUACCCACCUGAAAAUGAUGGCGAUUGAAGCAAGGACCUUCUGCAUGUAAAGCAGUUGCCAUACACUGAGCCACAGCCCUUCCCCAUAGAGUUGCAGUGGAUGUGAGCAUUGGGCAAGGGGCACUGCAAACAGUUUGUUGCAUACCUAUGAGGCUGGAGACUUUAAGACCCUGAAAGCCACUGCAUAUAUUGGCUCUGGCAGAAAGAAUGGAAUUUGGUCAGUAGAGACUUGUGCAUUAGGACAAAUAGGGCACUGAUCCACCAACCUCAGUCUGUAACUCAGCCAGCCCCUGCCUGCCUGCUUGCCUUCUUACCUAUGCCCAGUCCAAAGACGACCAGUCCAGGCAACAGUGGCUGUCAGCUUACUCUUCCCUAGACUUGAUGUUGCUCUCAUAGAACUCAACAGGGAGGAAGAUGGGGACCAAAUUAUUUGGCUUUGCUUCUUGUUGGCUCUGGCUUUUGUUUGUACCUUUAAUCAUUUGCUGCCACCUAUGCUUUGACAAAAAAUCCUGAACUGACACCGUUCAACAAUGCAGUGUCAAGUCUUCCAGGUCACUGCCAUCCAUCCCUACGGGGGGGGGGGGGAGGAGAGAGAAAGUUAACUCAGUUCACAUUCAAAGGCAAACCUACAUAAUUUACACUUUCCAGCACAAUAUGUGAAUCAAAACGCAGCCAUCCUUUGAAAUUUGCACUGCUCUGAAUUUUGCAAUGCAGUUCUCUAGCCGAAUAAUGUGUAAAAAUGCAUACAUUAGUGAAAAUAAUGUCAAAAUGCACUGUAUUAGGAGAAACUGCUUUGUCAAAAAAGGGAUGUGUUGGGGGGGUUCGCAGACAAAUUUUUAUGAAAACUUUUUUUAAAAAAAUAUCACAACUUGAUGUAGAAAUGUAGAACUGAACUUGAGCCUAGGAAAAAUUGAAACUGAAAUAAAUCAGAAUUGACAGAUUUUCCCACCCCUACACCCUACCCAUGUCAGCUUUGACACGACAGCUUCUCAAUAUACUAUAUUUCUUGUCUCUUAGGAGUGGGGCUGGCUGCAGUGGUUCUCUCGUUCUGGCUGAAUAUCUAUUACAUUGUCAUUAUUUCCUGGGCACUGUAUUAUCUCUUCAACUCUUUCACCGUGGUGAGUUUCUGCCAUCCUCUCUGGUGAAGCACAUGGAUGGAGCAAUGUAUGCAAAUUCCACCUUUGCACAGUACACUAGUUAUUCCACAGUCAUGCAUCACUCUCUGUCCUCCUCCCAGGCAUUAUAAGGGACAUUAUCAGAGUUGAAGGAUGCAUUCCAGAUGGGCAAAAACACUCAAGGGGUGUGUGGGAAGAUGGGGCUGUGAAGGGCAUUGCCUGGAGAAAAUGGGUGUGGUGUGGAAUGGGGCAGACAGAGAGGUUUGAUCUGGAACCCUGGUAUUGUGGGGUUCUUGGUCACAGAGAGGCUUCUUGGCUCAGUGCAAGAAGAUAGGAGUGAAGUGGAUGGGAAUACUGGGAGUAUGACCACCACCCUGCUAGCCAUGCUAUCAUUCUCUGGUUUGGAACAAGGAAUUGCUAGAGCAAAUGUUAUACAGUGGUAAAGGUAAAGGGACCCCUGACCAUUAGGUCCAGUCGUGGCCGACUCUGGGCUUGCGUCGCUCAUCUCGCUUUAUUGGCCGAGGGAGCUGGUGUACAGCUUCCGGGUCACGUGGCCAGCAUGACUAAGCCGCUUCUGGUGAACCAGAGCAGCACACGGAAACGCCGUUUAGCUUCCCGCCAGAGUGGCACCUAUUUAUCUACUUGCACUUUGACGUGCUUUCGAACUGCUAGGUUGGCAGGAGCAGGGACCGAGCAACGGGAGCUCACCCCGUCGCGGGGAUUCGAACCGCCAACCUUCUGAUCGGCAAGUCCUAGGCUCUGUGGUUUAACCCACAGCACCACCCACGUCCCUAUACAGUGGUACCUCGGGUUAAAUACGCUUCAGGUUACAUACGCUUCAGGUUACAGACUCCGCUAACCCAGAAAUAGUACCUCGGGUUAAGAACUUUGCUUCAGGAUGAGAAGAGAAAUCGUGCUCCAGUGGUACAGCGGCAGCUGGAAGCCCCAUUAGCUAAAGUGGUGCUUCAGGCUAAGAACAGUUUCAGGUUAAGAACGGAUCUCCAGAACGGAUUAAGUACCGUAUUUUUCACCCUAUAGGGCGCACUUUUCCCCCUCCAAAAAUGAAGGGGAAAUGUGUGUGCGUCCUAUGGGGCGAAUGCAGGCUUUCGCUGAAGCCUGGAGAGUGAGAGGGUCGGUGCGCACCGACCCUCUCGCUCUCCAGGCUUCAGGAGCACCGCAGCCUUGGGAGCCCCGCGGGAGUUCCCACGGGGCUCCCAAGGCUUGCACACAGCAGCCUGCAGCCCGAAACCUGGGGAGCGCAGCGCUGCACACCCUAGGCUUCGGGCAGAUAUCCGCAAGCCUGGGGAGACCAGUGUGACUUCCUGCCAGACUCCCUAGGCUUGCAGAUAGCAGCCUGUUCUGGGGGCUGAGGUUGGGGGAAGCUCAGGCUUCCCCUUCCCCAGCCCCGCGCCUGGGGGGGGGGAAAUAAUUUUUUUCUUUAUUCCCCCCCCCCAAAAAAAACCUAGGUGCGCCCUAUGGGGCGAAAAAUACGGUAUGUAACCAGAGAUACCACUGUAAUGCAGUCACAGACCUGUUAAGAACAAAAGAUUUAGUUGUAGAGUACAUUGUGUUAAAUAUAUGGCACAUAUAGAAAACAGGAAAGAGCAAAACAGUAACCAUAUUGACUUCUAGCACCUUAUUUCUGAAGUAUUUCAGGGGGGUGAUGACCAGGGUUUGUUGGGUUCUUUCUCCACAACGCAUUUCAUGGCAGUGAAGCCAUUCUGAUCAACAUAAAAGGCUCCUUUGAAAGAUGACUCUCCAUGCAAUCAAUAGACAUACAAAGCAUCUGUGCUUAUUGCGCCCUGGGAUUCCACUUUAUUUAGACACACAGCUGCUAAGAGGCUGUGUGUGUAUCUUGGGCUUCUGUCCACUUUAGGGCUUUUGUUUGACUGUGUUCCACAAACACCGGUGAAACAUCUUGCCAAAAUAUUUGUAUUGUUGAGCCACUUUGGAGCCAUAUGUCGAUAGUCCCCAGAGCAAACCAGACACCUGCAACUUCUGCUCUUGUCACUUAAAUGCCGCCUAGUCAUUUGUACAGAUUACAUUGUCGGGGCUUUGGAGGAUUUCCAAAACAGAACUUUAGAUCGGGACUUUGCCCUCUCCUGAGCCCAGAAUGGGUAGUGACAGUUUUACAAUGGAACAAUAGCUUAUAUUACAGGAGAAUCUCUUGCGCCUCUGUUUGCCCACCUGCUGCCUUCUCCAUUUUGCUGGCACAAGUGGCAGGAAAUUGGGUUGCCCACCCAUUGACAACCUCAAGCCUCCUGUGCACCUGACAGCUGCACCACAGGCAGAAAUUCAACAGAUGAAGCUGACCUUCACCCUCUCUGCUGACCUUUCCCCACUCAGGACCUGCCAUGGCAGAGCUGUGGAAAUGCCUGGAACACAGACCAAUGCUUUUCCAACUACUCCCUCAAUGACACCACCAACCUGACCAGCGCUGUGACGGAGUUCUGGGAGUACGUCCCCAGCCUAAGUCAGGUUUUGCCAUCAUUGGGGUCAUCUCAUCAGUGCAGGGGCUGGGGUGAGAAGGAAGGAGGGAGGGAGGGAUGAAAAGGGUGGUGGGACUUUCUCAUCCACCUUCUGUAGAAGUACCCUUAUGUUGUUCUUGUUGUUGUUGUUGUUGUUGGCAUCUGUCUGUCUUGGGAGACAAUGUCGGAGAGUCCGCCUUCAGGGGUGAAGUCAAAGUGUAGGAAGGUUACAGCAUCUGCCCCUACAUCGCUCAUAUAUAAACACAGUAUUUGUGUUGCAAAAAAGGAGGAGAGCAUCAAAACGCGGAAUAUAGACAUUCUUGUUGUUGUUCUUAAUAUUUGGUUGGUGUUCUCCUUCCCCUCCCCAACCUCUGCUUUGGAGAAGGUUUGGUGUUGUCCUGAGCUAACCUCUGCCUGAGCAGGAUAGAACCCCCACCAGGAGCAAGGCAUGGUCUUGCUCCUCAUCCCUGGCCAGCAAGUGCAGGUGGGACAGAUCUCACAGCUUUACCCCUCCCUCAAUUUGGGUUGAUGGGGACCAGCAAGCUUCCUGCCAACAUACCUCCACAAUGGACAAGCUCAGGGCAGAGUCCUCUUGGGCAUCUGCUCCAUUGCACUGCCUGUAUAGCAUGAAGUUCCAUCCUUGAUUUUUUCUUUUACUUGACUGGCUAAGUGAAGGGCAAAAGAGAACCAGCACCCCUUCCCUAGACUGGCUUCUCCAAACCAAGUCUCCAAACCAGACCUGAAACUGGAUUGAAAUGGAACUAAGUUAAGCAGCAGCAUCCAACAUUGUCUGGGACUGAGAGGCUGUCUUUCUGUGCUCCCCUUGCUCUCUUCUGGACCGGGGGGGGGGAGAUCUUUCACUGGAUCCCUAAAUGAAUCCUAAAGGCUGCUGUCACUUUUGCCCAGGCAGUGUCCAAGUGUUCAUGUUCUCCCCUUCAUACCUCUUGGCAUCCCAUCUGACAGUCGGGUACAUGUGAAACUAGACCCACUGAAUUGUUUCCCCUCUCCCCUUAAAAAGAAAGCAUGCCAGUUUGUCUUGGAUUAGCUCAGCCUGCUGUUGCCCCUGACUCUACCCACAGUCGGCUUCAUUUACCAUUAGCUGCCCUACCCACCAGCCCCAAUGGACAUCAGUCACCAUUGCAAAUGACUCUCAGCCUCUGGAGAAUCUAGUCAUUCAGUCUCUCUGGAUCUCAGUUGUUCCUAUUUUCUCCCUGUUUUCUUGCAGGAGAAAUAUGCACCAGAUCUCCGGAGGCCUGGGGGAACCGGGUAAUAUCCGCUGGCCUUUGGCUGGCACUCUGGCGUUGGCCUGGGUUCUGGUCUAUUUCUCCAUAUGGAAAGGUGUUGAGUGGACCGGAAAGGUACUUCAUGCUCAUUGUGUUAUCCAAUACUACCUUUGAUUGCUGCUUUCAUUUGUUUAUCUUGAAACUGAAAUGUCCUCCAGGGUUUUUUCAUUUUUUUAUUUUGCCUGAGUGCCUAUAAUGAAGGUUUCUACCUUAAAUAGGUGUUAGUAAAUCUGCUCUCUCACAAAAUUCAAAUUUUGCUAUAUAUCAGAUGUUGUCAAAUACUUAUUGUUACUGCAGGUCAGCUGUUAGGUAUUAUCACAUGCUGAACACUGCAUAUUGAAUACUGUCAAAUAUUCAACUGCCACUGUAUGUUAGCAGGCAGUUUGCAUCCCAUAAUUACUAACAACUGAAUCUGCUUUAGAAUCUGACGUCUGCAUAUUUCUUCCCCCAUCCUAAUUUUGAGAUACCUUUUUGGAGUGUGGUGCGGGUAAACUAGAUUCAAUUUUAACAUUUAACAGCAGCUUCCAAAACCUUUCUCUCUGUUCUUCUUGCCUGUAGGUUGUCUACUUCUCCGCCACGUACCCUUACUUCAUGCUUUUUAUCCUGUUCUUCCGUGGAGUCACCUUGCCAGGAGCCAAGGAGGGAAUCCUCUUUUACAUCACGCCCGAUUUCAGCAAACUCUCCAAGUCUGAGGUUUGUAUUUUCAUCUGAUCCAUGCGACAGGGGAACUAAUUACCACUGCAGACAAUAAACAGCCUGUUCUCCCGGCAAGUUCCUAGAAUCUAAAAUGGAAAUAGGAAUUGAAUCAUUUAGAUCAACGCUUCCCAAAGAAUGUUUUAUAAAUGCCCUGGUGCAUCAUGACACAGGACCACUUCUUGCUUGAUAUCUGUCAUGUGGAGAAUGCUGAAGAUGUUGCCGCAGGCCAGCUGCUCCACCCCAACAUCACAAAACAGACAAGCCAUUAACAAGGGACGGUGGUUGCCUUCAUACCCUGCUUGAGAGCUCACCAGAGGCUUCCAUUUAGCUCCUGUCGGAAACAAAAUGUAGAUCUUUGGGCCAGUCCCACAGAGCUCUUCUUAUGUGGGAAGGAACACAGUGCAGUGGUAGAACAUGUGCUUCUCAUGAAGAAGGUCUAAGGGCCAAUCCCUGCCCUGCUGGCAUCUCCUAUUAAAAAUAUCAGGUACAUAACACUAUGGGAAUCUCCCACCCAAGUGUUAAACCAUUGCUCUGCCUAAGAACAUGAGAUGAGCUUGCUGGAUUCAGCAUCCUGUUUUCACAGUGGCCCAACCAGAUGCCUAUGGGAAACCCACAAGCAGGAACGAAACACAAGAUCAUUGUCGCUUUCUGCAGUUUCCAGAAACUGGUAUUUAGAAGCAUUUUGCCUUCAACUGUGGAGGCGGAAUAUAGUCAUCCAGGCUAGUAGCUUCUCCUCCAUGAAAUUGUUCCAGUGCUCCAAGUUGGUGGCCAUCCCAUGGGAGCCAGUUGCAUAGUCUAACUCCAUGCUUUGUGAAUGAGUAAUUUAUUUUGUCUGUUUCCCAACGUACAGCUUCAUUAGAUGUUCCCUACCAUUGGGACGCGGGUGGCGCUGUGGGUUAAACCACAGAGCCUAGGACUUGCCAAUCAGAAGGUCGGCGGUUCGAAUCCCUGCGACGGGGUGAGCUCCCGUUGCUCAGUCCCAGCUCCUGCCAACCUAGCAGUUCGAAAGCACGUCAAAGUGCAAGUAGAUAAAUAGGUACCGCUGCGGCGGGAAGGUAAAACGGCGUUUCCGUGCGCUGCUCUGGUUCACCAGAAGCGGCUUAAUCAUGCUGGCCACAUGACCCAGAAGCCGUACGCCGUCUCCCUCGGCCAAUAAAGCGAGAUGAGUGCCGCAACCCCAGAGUCGGCCACAACUGGACCUAAUGGUCAGGGGUCCCUUUACCUUUACCUUUACCUUUACCAUGGUACUAUCUACACACUGACAGGCAGGGACUCUCCAAGGUUCUAGGCAAUGGUACAUCUAAUCCCUUUCUAGACGAUGUUCCUCUUAUAGGAUUUUAAACCAUCUUCUUCCUUUUGUAGGUCUGGAUGGAUGCAGCCACGCAGAUCUUUUUUUCCUAUGGUCUGGGGUUGGGGUCUCUGAUUGCCUUGGGAAGCUAUAACACAUUUCACAACAACGUUUACAGGUUUGUCAUGUAUACAUUUAUGUUCAAUAAUAAUUCCAAUAAUGCUUUUUCAGAAGCGUUUAAUAUCACAUUUGCAGAUGUGGAAAGCACUUCACGUGAAUUCAUUCAUUGCAAUCCCAGCUGUUGUUUUUAAUCCCAUAUUGCAGAUGAGGCAGGGUGAGGGUAAAAGAAAGUAGUUUAGUCAAGGCCACCCUAGCCAUCUCAUGGUUGAGGUGAGAUUUGAACCAAGGUUUAUUUCCCCCUGACUGUAUUUCCUGACUGAUGAUCGUUCAGCAGCACACAAUCUUCCCAAAACGGGCAGCAGACUGCUAUAUGAGAACAUUCCCAUAUCUGUGAGUGUUUUAAAAUCCAUCACUAUCACCAUUCUUGGUUCAUUAGCAAAAGUUGUAUAACAAUUUCUAUCUGGUCCUGUCUUCUCUGUGCCAGUCACUCCCAAACACUUAGGUUUUCCCCUGACACAAUCUUUCCAUUAUGAGGAACCUUUCGCAGGGCCACUGAGCAUCAGAUGUUCCUUCAGAUAUGGGUUUGGCCUGCCCUCUGCUUAUUCAUAGGUAAUAUGUUUCCCAGGAGAGGCUGAAGAGAUCUCAAACAUUCACACGGAAAACCUCUUCAACCCAGUUUUCUCUUCUUAACCCAUUAAGAAGAAACCCAGGCCUUGCUUAGAAACCUCAAGCUGAAUUUCAGGCAGUCCAUCCAUGAAGAAACGAUUUGUGGUGGCAAUCAAGCUGCUGCAUAAACACCAAACUGGGCCUUCCUCUUUGCUCUCAUUUGUUCUGCCAUCUCACUCUGUCUUCUUUGUGUAAUGCUCUUUUGUUAUAAUUUCUGUUUUUGAACUCAUUUAUUCAUUCAUCCCUUUGUUCUAUAUUUCAUCAUGUUCCAAAGUACUGGGGCAGAUAACUUUCAGGGUAUUCAAAUGGUGAGUCCCAUGACAGGGUCUUCUCAGUAGUGGCUGCUAUUAUUAUUAUUAUUAUUAUUAUUAGUUGUUGUUGUUGUUGUUGUUGUUAUUCCAGCAAGUUUUAAAAUGUAUGACAGUAUUGCUGUAAUAAUUGUUCAGUUUAUGACUUUAUUGAUUCAUGAUUUUUAUAUCUGAGAGUCACUUGGCUUGUAAACUCAGAAAAGUGGGAUAAAAAUUACUGGAACUAAAAUAGAUAGAUAGAUAGAUAGAUAGAUAGCAUUUAUGGAAUCAGAAUGCCCUAGAACAAUGAAAACAAUCCUCUCUGUCCCAGACCAGUAAAAGGCAACAUAUUUUUUUCAUUAGAAAAAAUGCCUUGAUGUAUUGAAGGACACUCCAAAGUUGAUGUUCCAUGGCUGAGAUCACCUCUCUGUCUGCACCUUUGCUGCCUUAUUGUGCUACAUAGGCAGGAAACGUAAUACUUCUAGCUCCUCGUCUACUUCAGAGGUUGUGAUGGAACAGAGCAGUUUGAGCUGGGCUCUCUGAUUGGUUGGCCUCAGACUGUUUAUUGGGCUUUGUAGGUCCUUCUUCACCAGUCCUCUCACAACCUGCACUGCAUUCUGAUAUGCUACUGGGCCAAAUUCAAGUUUCUGCUUUUGACCUACAUAGUUUGGGAUCUAACAGACCACCACCUCCUGUGCAUGGCUGCCUGCAUGCUAACAUUAUCUACAGUUCCACCAUUUGGUGAAGACAUGAGAGUGGAUAUUCCUACUAGAGGUACCUAGAUUGUAGAACCUCCUCCUGAAAGUGGUUGGCUCCCUCUCUUUUAUGUUUUAGGAGCACCUCAGAUUUUUCUAUUCCAUCAUGCCUUUAAUCUAUUUUAACCAGCUGAAGUGGCAGUGUAAACUGGCCCAUUUCCCUCACGCCCUCAUGCCCUCAGGCUGCUGUUUUAACGAUUUGACUUAUAUUGUGCUUGGUUUCAUCUCAUUAUUUUUAUUGCAUUUUUUGUGUUUUAAUCUGGAAGCCACCCUAAGGCUGAAAAGCAAUGCAGAAAAUACAUACAUAUAUUUUCUCUCUCUCUCUUCUCCCCCUCCAGAGACUCCAUAAUUGUUUGUGGCAUAAAUUCUUCAACAAGCAUAUUUGCAGGAUUUGUUAUUUUCUCCAUCGUCGGCUUCAUGGCCCACAUCACCAAGAAGUCAAUAGCUGAAUUGGCAUCCUCAGGUACAAUCUCUUCAAUAGGGAAUGUGAGCCGGUACAGUCAAGGAGCAUAAGUUUGGCAGCACUGUGGAAACUAAACUUCAGGCAUUUCUAUAAAAAAAUGGACUAUUUUGUGGGGGAAUGGCUGCAGUUGUUCUUUGCUGAAGGAAAGGCUAGUCCGUUGAGAGCAGACUGAGGUUGGUGAAGCAGUGCUCCAUUUGCCAUCAUGGACCAUCUUGCACCAUAAUACACAUGUUCAGAGGUACUUCAUUGUAUAAUAUUUAUAUCUGUUAAUCAGGCACAAUCAUGGUGGUGCUCCAAGAUUCACAUCCCUGCAAGAGUUUUUUUAUCAUCAUUUGCUUGCAAAAACGAACUUCUUCAAUGAAAUGCAGCUGCAUUUGCAUUUAUUUAUUAUCUGUACUUACAGUUUGCCCUUCACCAAAUGAUCCCAUAGCAAAUUACAAAGAUGUUAUUAAAAAAAGGACUCCUCCAUUUGCCUGCCACUGAGAUGGAUGCAAUAAGGGCCAUCUUUUCUUCAUAUACUGUCAGAUAGCAGAUCUACUUUGACAAGAACCCUACUUAGCCAUUGAAUCACAAUUGGUUUUGUCAGCUUUCUUGACACCUGGUUAAUAUAAUAUUGACAGCGAUCAAAGAGUUUACAACAGGGGUAGGCAACCUAAGCCCCUUGGGCCGGAUGCGGCCCAAUUGCCUUCUCAAUCCGGCCCGCGGACGGUCCGGGAAUCAGCGUGGUUUUUACAUGAGUAGAUUGUGUCUUUUUAUUUAAAAUGCAUCUCUGGGUUAUUUGUGGGGAAUAGGAAUUCGUUCAUUUCCCCCCUCAAAAUAUAGUCCGGCCCGCCACAUGGUCUGAGGGACAGUGGACUGGCCCACGGCUGAAAAAGGUUGCUGACCCUUGGUUUACAACAUGAAAUGUUUAUCGAAGAUUGAAUCCCAUCAGUCCAAAUCUUAAAGAGAGCCCAAAUUAAGAUUAAGCCCAAUUAUCUGAUCUGUUACUUCCAGAUGUUGUUGCCAGUAUCCCUGCUCCAAGCGACAAUUCCAUCUCACACCACUGAACAUUUUGACAGAAGGGAAAAUGCUUGUGGAAAGUACAACUGACCAUAACUCAGUAAACACUUAAGAGAUGCAUUAAUGUGCUCACCCUGCUGUGACUUGUGCCUGACUCAUAUCACAAAAUAAAACCAUAACCAUUCAUUGCGUCCUUGGUGGCUACAGGUCCAGGACUGGCUUUCCUUGCCUACCCGCAGGUCGUCACGCAGCUGCCCAUGUCUCCACUCUGGUCGAUCCUCUUCUUUUCAAUGCUAAUGAUGCUUGGCCUUGACAGCCAGGUAAGGAUAACCCAUUAAAAAUAACAUCAUGUUUGGCUGUGCAGUAAGAAGAGCCCUGCUGGAUCAGAUUAAAGCCCACAAGCAGGUCAUGAGUGCAAUAGAACCCUCCUGCAACUAUUUGAACAGAGGCAUGGUGCCUCUGAUCCUGGAGUUAGGAUAGCCUUAUAUUCCAUGGACUUGUCUUAUGCCAUCUAAGUUGGUGGCCAUCACCACUGUUUUUCCAGGUGGAAGUUCUGUAGCAACAGGCUGUACUAAUUCCCUUCCCUUCUCUAUAAUCAUCCCCUUCUUAGCAGGGUCAACAUAAACUGGUGUAGCAAGAGAUAAUUAAAAGAAAAUGGAAGUUAAUAAUUAGUUAUAAACGGGAUAUGCAAUAGUAAAAAAGAUAUAAAAUAAGUAAUUGCAGAAAGGAAGGGAAGGAAGUUGAAGAAAACACAAUGUAUGGAGUGGCAGACAAAAAUGGUUGAAUAUGUAGAAUUAGCAAAACUAACACAUAGGAUUCGGAACCAAGAGGAAACAAAGUUCAAAAAGGAGUGGAGUAAAUUUGCUGAAUAUAUAAGUAAUAACUGUAGAAGUUUAAAGACUGUAGUAGGAUUAAAAUAAAUUUUGUGAUGUGUAUAGAAUGUAAUUAAGAAUCUUCGGGAAAAGAGAAUAACACAAAAACCUGUUGAAGGGAGGGAGGGAAGUCCGCACGCGAAAGAGCGUUUAGAAAAUAAGUAGACUAUGAUUGUGGAAUAUUGGAGUCUUUAUUUUGUUUGUUUGUGCUUACGAAAACUCAAUAAAAAGCAUUUAAAAAGAAGAAGAAGAAAACACAAUGUAAAGAUUGUUUUUCUGUUUAAAUUUAUGUAAAAUGAGAAAAUAGAAGAAUAAAAUAUGGGGGGGGGGAAUCAUCCCCUUUGCAUGGGUCAAGCUCCUUUGGCCCACAGGGGCUUCCUGUCAGAAGCCACAAGCUUCUGAUCCCAAGGACCUGCCUCCCUUAUCAUGAAUCUUUGAUCAGCAACAGUCCACCUCUGUACUUCUGCUGCUAAUUCCCAGGCCAUCUCAUCACGUUGCUGAACCCUUAUAUUUAGGAUCUUUCCCCUAAAUUUGCUUGCCUGAAAUUCGAGCUCCAGUGCUUUGAUGACAAAUAAAAUAAAUAAGCAAUGCAAAAUCAGUGAGGCCUUCAUAGUUGCUUAUGUACCUGAAAUGUAAGUGUAUGAUAACUCUCCAUUCUUGCUCUGGACAGGAACUCAUUUUUUUUCAAUGACAGGCUAAGACUGAGUUCUCUAGAGAUGAGGGCUGGAGGCAUGAAAUUGGUGCUUCCUUUGGAAUCUACCACCUCAAGCUACUGCUUCACAUAGCUUUGUGGUGAGAUUAUUCGCCCUGUAUAAACUGUGAAUCAAUCAACCCUAGACACCAACUAGAAAUAUAAAAUAUAAUAAUGUAGCUGCAUCUCAGAACCUAUCUACACAUGCAGCAGAACCAUGUGAUGCAACUUCUCCCGGGCUGUACAAUUCACACUGCAGAUGAGGCAGGGGGAUAAACUCCUUCUGUCAAAUGUUCUGCUGUGAGGAGUGGGGGAGUCCUUGUACAUAGAAAAUUACCUGUUUUAGCUAACUUGCAACUCUUCUCCUCCACAUUCUAAUUUUACAGGCACAGUUUGAAUGAUUAAAUGGGGUAGGCUUUUGCGGUGUGUAUAGUAGCAGCUAUUAAGGAAUCCAUGACAAAUUGAUUGGCUUUCAAUUUUAUAUUGUAUCCCAGCCUUUUAAGAGGAGUGUGUGUGUGUGUGUGUGUGUGUGUGUGUGUGAGUGUGAGUGUGUGUCCUUGCUUUCCCACAAACUCCAUUUCUUUUCCAUAUAUUGUGUUGGCUAUUUAUAAUUUAAUACUCCUAGGAGCUGCAGUUGUAGCUGAAUUUGACCCAGUUCAUAAUUUAGAGACCUUUUAAAAAUGACGCAAAUGCUAACUGAACAGCUACUUUAAUUCAUUAUAUAUAUUUCUUAUUCCACUAAAUACCAUUUUUCUUAAAGCAUUUAAUUUUACAUGAUUUUAUCGAGUGCUGCUUGUUUCCCCAAGGUGCCUCUUGGAUUCUUUUAAAGUGACAGCUCUCGCUAAGCUCUCAAACACUUCUAAAAUUAAUGACUUUUCGUGUUGCUUCUUAAUCAGUUUGCACACAGAAGUGGCCCACAGGGUUGCGGCGUUCAAGAGUCCUUUUGAAGAGUGACAUCUGAGAGCUGUCUGGAGUUGCCCCCUCUCAACCAGGCCCAUUAGUAUUACAUAUGUCAUGACAAAGGCUUACCCCUGAAGCCUUUCGGGUUAAGAAUUUGGGGGGGGGGGUUCCUCCGACAAACAGCUUGCCAAUCAAACAAUGGGUGGGGGCAAAUGAAGCAUUGUUGCAAAAAUUAUUUGUUCCUAUAACAAGCAUGGUAGCGAAAUGAAAUUAAUGCCAUCUUCUCUGUGGAUUGCACAUCUGUUGUUGGUAAAACAGAUACACCAUAUGAGCAAAUCCUCAGUUUAAAUGGAGAGACCCUUCUCUGUGUCUUAUGGAAGUUGAAGGCACAGUUGGUGGCAACAACCAACAGGGCCUUCUCAGUGUCUGCCCCAAUACAGUGCCCUGUGAAGUAUGGAUGGUCUCUCCUCUGGUUGUCUUUCACCAGUUGAGAAAUACAUUUUUAUUCUGUCAUAUUUUACCUGUGUGCUUUGCCUUUAUUUGUUGAUAUCCAACUAAGAGUUCAUUCAGACUUCUGUUUGUUCCAUGACUGAAAAUCUGAGAGAUUUUAGUUUUGUUCCAUUGCAUUCCCUGGGAAAAUCUGCUAUGUACUGCUGAAUCAGAAGGAACUUUAUCUGCAGAUUGAUGUUGGUGUGUUUGAUAAAAGGGGAAAUGUAGGUAAAAUAAAAGGAGAAUUUCCUGGAUGUCUAGGCUCAGUUUUGGGACAUGUACUCUUUGGUGACAGAGCCCCGGCAGAGAUUUAAAAUUACAAAACAUGCAACAAAGUAAGCAUGGAAAUAUAGGUGGUUAGACCUUUAAAAUAUCCUAGUUUAAAUUACUUCUUUUAACACAGAAACCCCCCCCACACACAUUUUGUAGGUUAAAAAUGGUUUACUUACAAACUGUUCAAAUGUCAGAUUCAUGUGCUUUUCCAUACAGCAGCAAGAAAAGACAGGCAGUAUAACUUAGAUUCCAAAAUGGUAAAAUUUUUUACAUUAUUUGUAUAGAAACACAAAAAUGACUUGCUUAAGCCAUACGGUCUAAGCUUGGAGCAUCCAUCUUAGAUUUCCUUACUGGUAAUGGUGGAACCGGAGAGAACAAAGUAUUUGGUAACCCUUCCUCCCACGGUGAGGGGAAGUGACCUAGCUAAGCAUGGCAGGACAGUUUACUCUGUGGUCUUAACCCCUCCAUGCUUCAAUUAGACUUAAGCAUGUUGGCUAUACGAGGCUAAUUUAUCUCACAGACGUUUUGUUCCAAUUCGGCAGUAAAAGUAGAUUUUCCCAGAGAAAGUGGUGGGACAAAACUAAAACUUCUUGGGCCUGUGACUAGAAAUCAUGUGACAGUGUGGAUGAACCCCAAGUUAGAGCAGACCUGCUGAACUCAAUUAAGUUACUUAAGCCCAUUGAGUUCAAUGGGUCUGCUCUGUGCAUGACUAACAUUGGAUAUCACCACUGUAUUUUUUUAGUGUUGUGUAUUUAAAAAUUGAGGGACGCGGGUGGCGCUGUGGGUUAAACCACAGAGCCUAGGAUUUGCCGAUCAGAAGGUCGGCGGUUCGAAUCCCCGCGACGGAGUGAGCGCCCAUUGCUUGGUCCCUGCUCCUGCCAACCUAGCAGUUUGAAAGCAUGUCAAAGUGCAAGUAGAUAAAUAGGUACCGCUCCGGCAGGAAGGUAAACGACAUUUCCGUGCGCUGCUCUGGUUUGCCAGAAGCGGCUUAGUCAUGCUGGCCACAUGACCCGGAAGCUGUACACCAGCUCCCUCGGCCAAUAAAGUGAGAUGAGCGCCGCAACCCCAGUCGACCACGACUGGACCUAAUGGUCAGGGGCCCCUUUACCUUUAUCUAUUUAAAAAUUAUUGUAAUUAUAAUAUAUUUUUUAUAUAUUUUAAGACAAUGUGAUUUAAAAAAUCUUAUAGGCUUGCCCUGAGUGGCGCAAAGAUGCUAGAAGUGUAGGGUAGAAAUCUCCAUAUAAGUAAAUAAAAAUAAAAUGCAGGUUUCCUAAAUUCUCCUCAUUCAAAUUAUAGUUUGCUAUUUUUUAAAUUAAAUUUGUAUACCACCCUUCAUUUGUAGAUCUCACGGUGGUUCUCAACAUAAAAAUACAAGAUAUAAACACAAAAUAGGCAAUAAAAACAAGAAUAAAAAUACCCCACCAAACAAUAACCCCCUCCCUCUCUGCCCUGGGUGUGUAACAAUGGUUUGCCUUAAACCAGGAAGCAAGGAAGGGAAUUGCCAUGAACAUGUAAUGGAAGGAGAAAGGAAGGGGAGCAUACAAAUUUGUGGCCCUUUGAACAUUCUUUCUAAUAGCAUCAAACCACGGUUUCAUGUUAUGUCUGAACCAAGCUACUGUGUGGAUUCAAAGGCCAAUGUGAAAAGCUAAGGAGAUACAGAUUCAACAAGGAGGUUGCUGAUGUAUUCCUAUUAAUUUCUUCCUGCAGUUUUGCACGGUGGAAGGCUUCAUCACAGCCCUGAUGGAUGAGUUUCCACAUGUGCUGAGAGCUAGGAAGAAAAUCUUUAUUGCAGUGGUGUGCUUCAUCUCUUACCUCAUUGGAUUCUCCAACAUCACCCAGGUAUUAAAAAUGGUGCAUACCCUUUUACUAUUAGAUGCUGAUGAUCUCUUAGUUUCAGUGCUUAUUCAGGUGUGGAUCCAGUAUUCUAAGUCUUUUUUUGAUGACAGAUCUGUUAUUCAAGGCCCAAACAAAGUAGGGAGCUCUAAGUAGGCAGCUGUUAUCCAUUUCAAGUCAGGGUGAUCCUUCUGUUCUGGAGCUUUUGCUUGAAUAGCAUCUGGUGGCUUCUGUUCUUUGACUCUUGGAUGGAGACAGAGUGUGCUUUCAUCAUUGCUUCUACAUAGGGUCCCACAGCACCAGGCAGACAGAGCACAGUGCUCUUUCUGGCAGGGAGAAGGAGAUGAAGCUCCCUGCUGGUAUCCUUUCUUUGGUAAAUGGCAGGGUCAGGUUGGUCUCCCGCUUGCUUCAGAGUUACUCCUGGGAGGCCUCCCAGUGCAGUGCAGUGGAGAAAACAGAGAGGAAGAGAAAGUCAAAGGUCAGAAGGAGAAGAAGAAGAAGAAGAAGAAGAGUAGUUUGGAUUUGAUAUCCCGCUUUAUCACUAUCCAAAGGAGUCUCAAAGCAGCUAACAUUCUCCUUUCCCUUCCUCCCCCACAACAACCACUCUGUGAGGUGAGUGGGGCUGAGAGACUUCAGAGAAGUGUGACUAGCCCAAGGUCACUCAGCAGCUGCAUGUGGAGGAGCGGAGACACGAACCCGGUUCACCAGAUUACGAGUCUACCGCUCUUAACCACACUGAUUCUUGAUUGGGACAACUGCAGUUACAGCAACAUAUAAAGCUACAAUUGGAAAGGAGGGUUAAGGGGUUGAGCCAAAGACCCUGCAAAAAGAGUGGGUAUCUAGCUCUCCAUCCCAGUAAAUACUGUAAUCAUGUAGAAAAAGCUGGAAAAGAGAAGUCCAUAGCCGAUGUCUGUAAAAGAGUAGACAUGGGCCUUUUCUUCGGGCUAGUGGGCAGCCCUAUAAUCUCACUACCCUGGUCAAGCUACCAUCCCAGAGGUCUUUGUGGAAAUCCAUGAUGACUGGAAUAAAACUGGAAGAUACCAGAAAUGUGUGGUUGCAUUGCAUGGGUUUCAUUUUUUCCAGACAAAAUGGCAUGUCUAGGGAGAGCCCACAUCAAGGAUCAAGACCAUGCCAUAGAAGGAGUGAGGGAUUCCACCCUUUCUUCCCCAUAGCAUGCUUCUGCGGGUGUAGGGCAGUAUGCAAAUUUUAGUAAUAAUAAUAAUAAUAAUAAUAAUAAAUUAGAAGCUUGGGGAUGGGUUUUCAUUAAGAUCAUGGCAAGGGAGUCAAUGUUGGGGACAUCCUUCUCACAUGGUGACGUCCAAGCCCUAAUUGCUCUCCUAUUUUGCAAUACAAGCCUAGUAUUUCCAUUUUUAAAGAAAUGAAAGAAAAACAUGCACAACUUCUUGGCAGAAUCUGUGACCAGGGAGAAGAGUCGAUGGAGGAAGACUGGAAGAAAUUUAAAGACUAUCUUCAGAAAUACUGCAAAAUUAAAGAAUGUUAGAGUGAUGUUGGAUUGAAAAUAAGUGGUUUCCAGCUGUACAGGUUAAAGUUAAGGAUAGAUUAAGAUUAAAGAUCAAGAUUAAAGAUGUUUAAAGAAAUGGAAAUUUGAUAAUAAAAGGGAAAAAUUUAAAGGUAUAUGACAUUAAGAACAAGGAUUAGGUUUAAAAAAAGUUGAAGUUAUAUAUUUUAACACUUUAUUAAAUUAAAGAUUGGGUUUAAAAAGUGGAAAAGAAAUUGCUGGACAAAUAAUGUGGAUUGGAAUACAAAAGAGGGAGGUAUGAGGAAGUCCAGAAAAUAAGUAAUUUAAAAUGGGGAAUGAAAAAGAGAGUUUGUUUUUAAUUGUUACGUUUUGUGUUUUUAUUGUUAAAUUUUGUAUUGUUUUUUUUUGUGUGUGUUGUUUUUCUUUUUUCUUUGUUUAAAACUUUAAUAAAAAAUUAUUUAAAAAAAAAAAGAAAAACAUGCACAACUUCUGUCCUGCAAUGUUGUUCUUAACUGUCAAACCUGCACAUGAGACAGUAUUGCGAAGCUCCAGGCAAAAACCUCCCUUCAAAUGAAAUUCUUAUAAUUUCAUUUGCUUUGCUUGCUCUCUAAGUGCAUUAAGGGCUCAUAUUGUGUCCCCACAGGGUGGCAUCUAUGUUUUCAAGCUGUUUGAUUAUUACUCAGCCAGUGGCAUGUGCCUGCUCUUCCUUGUCUUCUUCGAGACCAUCUCCAUCUCUUGGUGUUAUGGUAAGUAAGUUGGCCCCUCUUUGCAAACUCCAUCAGGGUCAGAAUUGGGUUUCCAUGGCACUUUGUGCUGGGCCAGCUUGUUUGCCUGACUGUCUGUCUGCUCACGCAAUUCUGUACCACCAAAAGUGGCAACAAUCACCUUAGGGAUUCAUCUGAAUCCAAAGUACACCUCUCCUUCCAUCCACUUAACAGAUAUUUCUGAUUUCAGGUGUGAAUAGAUUUUAUGGUAACAUUGAAGAGAUGAUUGGUUAUAAGCCCUGUGCAUGGUGGAAGAUCUGCUGGGCCUUCUUCACUCCACUUGUCUGCUUGGUAAGAUGGUCAAACCUAAGAAUCUCAUUUCCAGGUCUGUGGUCUCUUUUUAAAGGGCCAAACUAGACAAGAUGGUAAGUGCCAGUGUCAUUAGUCCUUUGUUUGUGUUUCCUUUUAAAACAACAACAGCUGCAGCAGUGAUUGAACUGGCUAGGAACUAUGGGGUGUGGGAAGGGGGCCUUAGCCUUUAGAUAGAGCUAGUUGUUCCUUUGUCUACAUCUGAAAUGUGACUACUAAUUUUCCUAUCCUCUGUGAACUUGUUUAAUGAACUGCACAAGUUACACUGAAAGGAGAUUGGAUGGGUGCUAUUACACAACCACCCCUGGUGCAUGUUAAGAGUAGCUCCCUGGGCUGAGGGCAGUGGAGAAGUCAUCUAUGGAGAGUCUAGACCAGUUUUGCUAUGUAGGUGCCCUUUAGACAUUUUGGACUACCUCUGAUGACUGUUGUGGUUCAAAACAUCAGGAGGACAGCAGGUUGGCAUGGUCUGGUCUAGAAGAAAGGUCAGCAUCCUCAAACAAAUCUGUUGCUUUCCGUGCCGUUGCUGAGCUGCAACAUUUUCUUCUUCUCUUUGUUCAGGGCGUUUUCUUCUUCAGUGUGUUUGAAAUGACUCCCCUGAGUCUAGGGAAAUACGUUUAUCCUGCUUGGGGCCAAGGGAUUGGCUGGACCAUGGCUUUGUCAUCUAUGGUCUUGAUCCCAGGAUAUAUGCUGUACUUCUUCUUCACUACAAAGGGAACGAUCCAACAGGUAAGGGCAAAUUGUAUUGCCACUUUCCUUGGUGUUGACUGGAGACUUCAUUGGAGCAAAACAAACAAAUAACGAGCCAUUUCACCACAGCAGUGACUCAGGUGCAGAGACACGCCACCAGCAAACUCAGCAUGAUGUAUUUGUUGUUGGACAGUAUGGAAAUGCUAUCUGUCUAUUUAUGGGCUUUAUGUGCUCCCUUUCUGUCAAACACAUGCCUUUCAAGGAGGUUGAGCAAAAGAGCAUAAACACAUUUUCAUAAAAAACCAAACAACCAUUGCAAAAUAAAAGCAAAAAGCAGGAUAAAAGCAUUUAUUUAUUCUUAAAAGCAGCAAUUAAGAAAUCCAGCAGAAACACUAAGCCCAAACCACAGAGCAAACCAGGGAAACAAGGACAUCAGAUCUGGAAGCGUAGUGUAAUAAAUAACAAUGAAAGAAGCCAUGAACUUCCAGAAGCUCUGCUGAACAGGACAGACUUUGCCUGGCAUCUAGAGCAAGAAUGGGGGAACUGUGGCCAUCAAGAUGUUUUUAGAAUCUGACUCCCAUCAUCCCUGACUUCUGCCCAUGCUACCUGGGGCUCAUGAAAGCCCAACGUCGUAUGGAGGGCCUUAGGUCCUCAUUCCCAGCCUAAAGGAUCAUAAUGAAAGUGUCAGGCAGAUCUCUUUGGGGAGGGAGUUCCAUAGUUGGAAUACAACCCCAGAAAAUGCCCUCUCACUGGUAGCUAGACACCUGACCUUUGCAGACAACUGCAACUGAACUCAACUUCAACGAGUUCAGUUGUGCAGCAGAUUCAUAUUGGAACAAAUUGACUUUAGGUUUCUAGGGUUCUUUCUCAGCUUUCAAAGAGCUUCCCAUUGAUUGUGAUAUUACAGUGAUAAUAAUGUCUCUGAAAUAUUUACAACCCUUUAGGCAGAUCAAUAUUAUUGUACACUUAUUGCAGAUACAGUGGUUGGUACGAAAUAAUAAGGUUAUUGUGUGAGUUCACAGUGAGAGUGAGAAUUGAUCUUAAGAUUUGUUGUUAGAACAACAACUUUCAGCCAUUACCUUACACUAGCUUUUGCAGCCUAGAAAGUUCAGAUAAACAUGUGCUGAUAAUGUAGCAUGGCUCUUUAGACUCAGACCUUCUCAGACACAUUUUAUCCUCAUCAUCUAUCAUCCCUCUUCAUAUCCUCAAAGCUAUUCUUUAAGCUUCUUUCUGAUUUUGGCAAAGACCUUCCGUUAUCCAAUAGAAAGCCCUUCCUUCUUGGAGGAUUAAGUGGCUCAGGGGAUUGUAUGUGUUAUGAAUGUCUGACCUUUAGGCUACUGAUUGCACUCUGUUGCAGGCUGAUAGACAUCAUUUCUUAACCUUCAUCAGGCUUGGCUCAUAUACUCUGAAUGGCCCAGAACUCAACGAAAAUUCAUUUGUUGUUGGAGGAAAUGAUGCUCAGCCUAUAUAUUUUGUACUUCCAUGUUUGUACUGUGCACACAUCGAAUUUAGUAAAUCAAAGACAGAAUUCCUUAUCCAGAGGAUCUCAGAUUUUGGAAGCUUUUUUCCUUUUCCUUUAAAAAUCCUUGCCUCGGUGUUUAAAAGUGGCAGGACCAGGAAAGAUGUCUGUUUGAGACCUUGGAAAACCACAACCUGCUAGCUACAGGAAUGGAGGCAGAUGGGCCAAUAAAUUAACUCAGUAUGGCCAGGUAUACACACAUUUGGUUAAAGCAUCCACAUGAAACUGCUGAGCAGCAUCAUCUGGAGUUUUGGAGUAUGCUGCCAGCAAUAUGCUGAUGACACACAGCUCUAAUUCUUCUUCACAUCUGCAGGUGAGGCAGUGGAUGUGCUAGAUCAAUGUCUUCUCUCAGCAAUGGACUAGAGGAGAGCCAGUAAACUGAAGCUCAACCCACAUAAGAAUGAGGCACUGUUAGUGAGUGGUUUCUUUGAUUGCAUAGGUGGGGUCAACCUCUUCUAGAUGGGGUUGACCUCCACCUGAAGGGGAAGGUACAUGGCUUGUGGGUAGUUCUCAAUCCAUUAUUGUUGCUUGAGGCCCAAGUGGCCUCUGCAACACAGAGUGCAAUCCAUCAGCUUCAGUACCCCUAUCUGGAUAGGACAGCUUCUGUUGCCCACACUCAGAUAACCUCUAUGUUGGGCUGUAUCUGAAGACAGUUCAGAUACUGCAACUGGACAAAUUGUUGACCAAGACAAGGUAGUCUGAACAUAGAACACCAAUUCUGGCAUGACUGUACUGGCUUCGCAAUAGUUUCUGUUUGACAGUAGAUCAGACUUUCUUGAAAGGUGGUGGACUCCCCUUCCUUGGAGGUUUUUAAGCAGAGGUUGGGUGGCCAUCUGUCAUGGAUGCUUUAGUUGAGAUUUCUGCAUUGCAGGAGGUUGGACUAGAUGACCCUCGGGGCACCUUAUAACUCUACAAGUCUAUGAUUCUGUGACUCAAGGUGCUGGUUUUAAUCUAUAAAGCCUUAUGGGGCUCAUGAUUUCAAUACCUCAAGGACUGCCUCUCCACACAUGAACCAAUGCAGACCCUGCAUUCAUCUCUCAAGAUAUAUAUAUACAAGAUGUAUAUAUAUAUACACAGCUUUUAGGCUUCUGCAGAUGCAGAUUUAUACAGAUAUAUACAAAUAUUACUCUAAAUAUGUUCAGCAAUUCAAGACGCAAUAUCGGAUAAGUAACACGGACUAACAGAUAGACAACUGCAGACUCCUGGAAACUGGCAUACAUUAAUCACAGAUAUAGUCGGGGCACUGGGCCAUUACCAUAACAACCAGAUUGACUGACCCCGCACCUGUGAUUAGCUCAUCCAUGGGGUGAUUUGUGCUUAAGAAGGAAAUCAACCCCUUCUUACAUCCAGUUACUCCAAGAGGGGUGGGGAACCUCAGGCCUUGGGGCCAAAUGCAGCCCUUCAAGCCUGUCUAUCUGAUCCUCAGGACUCUUCCCAGGCCACACCCACUCGGUGGGCCACACGCCUCACGAACCCUGCUCUGUGCUGCCCUUGAGCAUUUUUGCGUGGCUGGAAUUUGUUCUUGAACUCUGAUCAUGCUUCUUGCUCAUCUAGAUGGAGUGGGGAUGUAAAGAAAGGAUGUAAGCAUCUCUGACUUCUGUGUGGCUGCAAUGUAGGCUGAAUCUGCUGUUCUACCCACUUUUGCCUCUAUCCCACCACCACCACUGCUUUGUGGCCCCCAGAAUGUUGCCCUCAAGCUGAAAAAAAUCCCCCAACCCUAGUUAAAAGUAAUCUUCCCUCUCUUUUUUUUUACAUCACCAUUUGUAUUACGUUCCAUUUCCAUUACAAAUCUGACUUUGAGAAUAUUUCAGAGAAAUUCUAGGUUUAGGUCACCUUUACACAUUUUAGGGUACAAUGUCAGGCAAUCCAAGGAAAAGAAUGAAGACUUGAUAACUGUUACAUAGACACUGUCCCGAAAUUUAGACACCUUCAUCUUGACUCCAUCAUCUACAUCCUGCUGAGAGAAUAAUUUAAUACAAUUCUGCUUAACUUUGAUUUACCUUUCACCAGCCGAGGGGAGAGACGAAUUCCAAACACAAUAGUGUCAAGAUCCAUAUAUUUCCUCAAAUGCUGCAUCUUGCAUUCAUAUGUGAGGUGGUGGUUGUAGAGAGAGAGAGACUGUUGAUACAAAACCAGAUUCCAAUCAGUGCUUUGUUUAUGCCAAAUUUAGCCAGGGGGUUAUGUUACUUCUGGUUAAUUUGGCUUAACUUGACGAACUGAACCACAUUUCUCCUUCAUAUCUGCAGCAGGGGCUAUUUUGAUUGGGGUGCCAGAAAAUGAACUAGGGACAUUCAGCAGGCUAACUAGAUAUUCAGCUCCUGAGUUUUGCCCUCCCCACCCCAACACCUCCAAAACUCAUAAAGAGAUUAGUGAUAGUAAAGCAGAUGCAAGGUGGCCAUUGUCUGACAGUGUCUCCAAACUGAAACCAAAAUGUUCCACAAGUACAUUUUGGUUAGGAAAGCAGUCAGGGUGUCAUGAGCGAGCCAGCAGUAAAUCACACAAAGUAGAUGAAGUUAACUCUUCAUUAGAAAAACAUGGUCUGCACAGGAGGCCUGAGGAGGACAGCAACUCUUUUUCGGCUGGUCUUGCCCCUAUGAGGCCAUUUGUGAAGACUGAAGGUCUUCCCACAGCUGUCUAUGUCCUCUCCUCUCCUGGGUCCUUCCCAAGCAAUCUGAGAUUGCGCCUGCAUGUAGAUUGUGUCGAUUGGGCACAGAGGGCAAGGGCAAGGAAGUGGACGGUGGUUUCCAAGAGAGGAGGAGGGGGUUGGCUGAGGGCAUAUUGUUUUCCCCCAGAAAAUCUCCCUAAAAUCAGCCCUGGAAGUAGCUCUGGGGAAUCCCAACUAGGGAACAGAAACGAGGUAUGAGCCAAGCUGAAGAAUACAGAGGAAAGUGGAGGAAAGCAGUCAACUGUGAGAAAAAUCCUUCCUAGCUGUAAAUCUAAUCGGAGACCCAUUCAGCCGAAAGGCAGCUGCUGCCCUCCAAAGAGAAAGCUUCCUUGGACUCUUUGCACCUGUCCUGUGGAACUGAAUAGUUACAGCAAUGCAAUACCUCCAUUUAUUGUGCCCAGACAUUAGAAGAAAUAGGGAGAAGAUCGCUCUGUGCAGUUGAAAGAGGCUUUGAUAGGAAUUGCUCUUCUCUCUUUGUACAGUUCUCCCUAUUCAUUUUGCAUAAUUUGGUCCAUAUCAGAGCAAAAACACUAUUACUGCAGGGCUGAGGCUAGCUGGUGAGGUCAGGCUGAUCUUAUGUGAGGACAAUAAAUAAGUGUGUCUAGAAGAAAGAUAGGCAAAGGGUUGGGGUUAAUCAGGCUUGUGGCCUUUCCAGCAGACUGCCUGGAUAAUGAAAUAAAUCUGCUUGAUCCUAACAAAGAUAGGCUUGAAUACAAAUCCCCUGGAGAACAGAUAGAGCAUUAUUUUUCAAACUAGCACCUCAAGUCAAAAUUUCAUGCUUUCACAAAGAGGGGAACUAGUUAGCUUCAAGGUUAUUGGUACUUUAAAAAUAGCUUUUUUAGGCUCGGGAGAAACAAAGCAAAAAAAAAAAAAAAAAGGCAGCUCCUUGCUCUUACAGUUUUCAGACAAGCAACUGCUUUUGGAUCCAUGUUCGCAUAGUCUCCAACUGCCCUGAAAAUGGUGGGACCAUCAUGAAAACCCUUAAGCUAUCACAGCUUCUCCUUAUGUCACACAGAAUCCUGAAUUCUGCAAGCAGGGAAAGGGAGCGAGGAAGGGUGGGGCCGGGGGGGAGGGGGAGGAGGCAGCCUGGCCCUUCAUGGUAGCACAGUGGGACCUGCAGCAAGGGGAGGAGGAGGAGGAAGAGGAGGAGCACCAGUUGCUGCUGCUGCUGCACUCCUUAGCUCUGCCAGCCAGUGCCGCUCACACAUCAGAGUAUGGUGGCGGCAGGAGGGGCCUAAGAGAGCCCAGCUUACGCAGGUGCAAAAGGGAGCUUAUAGCUGCUGACCAUGGAGACUACAUUGCUGGUGCCAAAGUGCCACCUUGUAAACAUCUGGCAUGGGUGCCUCCUCUGAUGCCUUGCAGUUUUACCAUAUAUCACCUAAGGCUCCUGCAUAUAACCAAGACAGUUGCUGGUACGGUAUUGUUACAUACUCUUGGCAACAGCUGUUGGGGCAUCUCAGCCAGACCCAGUCUUUGCCCAUAUUCUAUUAG